UGACUAUAUAGUCAACAGCUUGCAUUCCAUCUAUAAUGGCACUCGUUUAAUUAAAGAUGUUGAAUCUGUGUGGCACAUGGGUGGCUGCUCUGAUCUUCCUGGUCUUUGUACUGCAAUACUGUGAGAAGAGGGCUGCAUUGCGAGGCACCAACCGGGCUCCGUUGCAGAAAUGGCAGGACAAAAGUCUGCGGACGAUAUUUCUCUUCGUAUUCGUAUCGCCGCUAAUGAUUGGGUUUGGUUGGUGGGGCAUACUACUCUUCUUCCUCUACCUCCCCACUUAUCUGGAUGGGAGUGAGGUUACGGGUGCACGAGCCAGUGACCGACUCAAGAACUUCAUCGUCUGGCGAUACUUCUACCACCGUCUGGGUCUUAAGCUGGUUGUGGAGGAAAAACUGGAUGAGAACCAACAAUACAUUAUGGGCAUCAGUCCACACGGUAUUCUGCCCUGGGGGGCUGCGGUCAAUCUGCGGAGCAACUUUACCAAUGUCGAUGAGCACCUGGGCAAGAUCCGCAGUAAUAUUCUGGCUGCUUCCAUGUGCUUCUACGUGCCUCUUUAUCGAGACCUUCUACUUGCAGGGGGGGCCAUUGACGCUGCGCGCUACAACGCAAUCCGAGCGCUGAAAGAAGGGCACUCUCUUAUGCUUGUGCCAGGUGGCGCCACCGAAGCCCUGUACUCUGCACCCAGGACAAACACCCUGCACCUCAAAAGUAGGUCCGGGUUCAUUAAACUGGCCCUGGAAACCGGUGCACACCUUGUCCCAGUGUACAGCUUCAACGAGGUUGAUGCAUACGGUGUGGUAAGCGAAGACCACGAGUACGUGAUGAAGGCGAAGAAAAAGUUCCAGGCUGUAUUUGGCAUAUCGCUCCCAUUGAUCACGAAUAUCAUCCCGCGCAAGGUUGAAAUUACCACCGUGGUCGGCAAACCCAUCGAGGUUGAGCAGAUACACAACCCUACCAAGGAGCAGGUGGAAGCCGUGCUCGACAAGUAUAUCGCUGAACUCACGCGCGUGUUCAAUGACCAUCACGAGAAAUGCGGCACAGAGAACAACUUAGUCGUAUAUUAAAGCCAUUGGCUGUGAAUGCAGAUGUAGGCAGUCAUGUACGGUAGUUUGCAUUAGCGGGUGGGGCUUGAUUGUGAUACAAGCACGCAGUUUAAUAUAGAAAUAUUGGAUCGAUUUAAAC